CCCAGAGUUCGUGAUGUCACAGCCUCCCCGCUGUCCCUGAGCCACAGAGCUGCCACUGGUCCUCUGACCUCACAAACGCACCUCUCCGCACGCGUGGAGCUACUCCUCCUGGCGGGGCCAGACGGUCCGCCCCCCGGCCCGGUCUUUCUCCCCGCCCUCGCACGGCCAGUGGCAACCAUGAAGGGGACCCCCAGUUCCCUGGAAACCCUGCUGUGGGUCUACCACUUCCACAGCUCCACGGAGGUGGCCCUCCAGCCCCCGCUUCUGUCUUCCCUGGAGCUCGUUGCGGCCGCAGCCCAUGAAUAUCUGGAGCAGAGGUUCAGAGAACUGAAGUCCCUGGAGCCUCGAGAGCAGGAGAACACGCCUGCCGGGAAGCCCACCCUGGGGCUAGUGCUAAGAGAAGCCGCGGCCAGCGUAGUGAACUUCGGGGCCACUUUGUUAGAGAUCUCAGCCCUGUGGGUGCAGCAGGAGCUACGGCGACUAGACGGCGGCCCGGGUCCGGGGCCAGACGCUGGGGAUCCGGGCGGAGCCCUGGUCCGUGUAGCCCAGGCCACGGGGCAGGGGGCUCUGCAAGUGGGGGCUGCAGCAGGCGCGAGCGCCCGGCUCCUGCUCCAGGGGGCCUGGCUAUGCCUGUGUGGACGAGGUGUGCAGGGGUCCGCCUCAUUCCUGCAACAGUGGCAACGCCAGCUGGACCUCGGAACCCCUGGGGAACCGGUGAGUUCAAGAUGAGGGGAGAGUUGGGGGCCAGAGGCGUCCCGGCUGGGUGGUACUGAGCCGGCCCACCCCCAGCAGA